ACUCACACCGGAAGUAUGGACGACUUUCUGCUAGAAAAUCUUGGGUCAGAUGAGGAAUUUAAGUUAUUUCUAGAUGAAAGUUUUGAUGUCAAGGCCCAUGCAAACAAGGCUAUACAAGGAAAGGCAAUAUCAGAACAAUUAUCAAAGUUAGCAGAAGGUAUAUCUUUGUUGGACAAACAAAUUCACUCCCAGAUUGUUGCACAUCAUGACGACCUGUUAUCACAAGCCACAGGGGUUGAAACUUUGGAAGGUGUUCUUCAGAUGAUGCAGACCAGAAUUCAGUCUCUACUAGCAGCCAUGGACAGAAUAAGAACUAAAGUUACUGAGCCAUUCAACAAAAUAUCUGCUAGAACUACACAGUUAAGAAAUUUACAGGAAGCAUGUGAUUUGUUACGUAGAGUAAUCAGAAUAAUUUAUCUCAGCAAAAGACUCCAUAGUCAACUGCAAGGUGGGGCAAGGGAGAUAACUAAGGCAGCUCAAAGUUUGAAUGAAUUAGGAUCAUUUCCCUUUAAUUACAUUUGUGAAGGAGUAGAUCUGAGUGGUAUUGAAGUUAUCGAACAAGACAGAAGGUUUAUAAAACAAGCUCGUCAAGAUGUAGAAACUCAGGCUCAGAAGAUGUUGGAACAGAGUAUGGAAACACAAAAUCCUACUCAAGUAGCCACAUCCCUGCAAGUUUUCCACAAUCUUGGUUGUUUACAUACAAUAGUCGAUAGAGUUGUUACUGGUUGCCAAGACAACCUUCACAAAAACAUUAGAUCUUGUCUGGAUGUUAGAACUUUGUCUCAGCAGUCUUCAAGUAAAGGCCCAGGACGAGCUACCAUGCCAAUGACUGGGAAUACUGCAGCAUUCAGAGCCACACUGUGGACAAACAUGGAAAAGUUAAUGGAUAACAUAUAUGCUUCAUGUGCUCAGGUCCAGCAUCUACAGAAGGUACUUGUUAAGAAGAGAGAUCCUGUAACACAUGUAGGCUUUAUUGAGGAACUGGCUAAGCAUAAAGAUGGUAAUGUUAACAUUAUGCAGAAUUUCUGGGAAAAUAUAACAAAGAUGCUAACUACAGAAUUUCAUGAAGCAACCGAAGGUUCGACAUUUAUAAAACAAGCAUUUGAAGGAGAGUAUCCCAAAUUAUUAAGGUUAUACAAUGACUUAUGGAAGCGUCUCCAACAAUUAAACCCGAAAGCUUCGACAAAUUUAGCAGAUAUUGUUGUACAUGAAGAUCCUUUUGUGGAGGAGGAUAUGUUCUCACAUAAAUCUGAUAAAUAUGACCCAGAGAAGGCAUUACGGAAUACAUUAUGCAAGUUUGAAACAGCCUAUUUGUCCAGAUCUCUAUCCAGAUUGUUUGAUCCCAUCAACCUUGUAUUCUCAACUGGUUCCCAGAAUCCUCCCACAGAACAGGAAGUUGAAAGCAUCAUUAAAACAAUAGCAAGUGAAUUGAAUGUGGCAAGUGUGGACACUAAAUUAAGCAUAACCAUUGCAAAGAAUGUAGCAAAAACAGUUCAGUUAUUUAAUGUUAAAAGUGAACAGUUGCUUUCUACUGAUGGUGAAGCUAGUCAAGUAAUUGGACCAGCAACACAAGGUCAAACCAGGAACCAGGCUGUUGUUAAUACAUUGUAUCUUUUUCAUCAGUCAGUCACAAAGGUUGUGACAUCAUUAAACAGUUAUGCUUUAGAAGCUAUAGAGAGUAUACAUAAAUCUUUAGAGGGAAUUGUGAUAUUGAUGAGUAAUGCUAUCAACCCAUUAUUAUCAUCAAUAUCUGAUGCAACAGAAGCUAUCAUACUCACCAUGCAUCAGGAAGAUUUCUCUACUAGUGCCCCAUCAGAUAACCAGAAAGAUUCCCAAUGUUCACUAUAUAUGAGAGAGUUACAGGACUUUGUUGUCAGAUGUCAGACAGACUAUUUAUCUAGAUAUGAAUGUACAGACUUCAUUAUGGAAUGUUUACAACCAAUAUCCUGUAGAUGUGUAGAAUUAUUUGUCAGACAUGCUAGUCUGAUACGACCUUUAGGAGAAGGUGGAAAACUUAGACUGGCAGCAGACUUUGCCCAAAUGGAAUUAGCAAUAUCACCAUUCUGUAAACGAAUAGCAGACCUUGGCAAACAUUACAGACUACUCAGAUCAUUUAGACCAUUAUUAUUCCAGUCAGUCGAACACAUUUCUAUGAGUCCAGCUUUAGGAGAAAUCAUUCCAUAUAGUACUGUAUUACAUUUCUUGUUUGCCAGAGCUCCAACUGAACUGAAAUCACCACAUGUGGCUGCUGAUUGGUCAAUAAGUAGAUACUCCCAGUGGUUAGAAGAUCACUCAUCAGAGAAAGAUCGACUAACAUUAAUAAAAGGAACAUUGGAAGGUUAUGUACAGAAUGUUAAAUCAAGACAAGGGAGAGAAUUUGCAUCCAUUUAUCCAGUUAUGUUAGAUCUUUUACAGAAAGGAUUACAAUCAGCGACAUGAAUCAGUUGUUAAAAACAUUUGAAAUGAAUUUAGACAUUACAGAUAUGCAAAGCUCCACAUUAAAUUGUUUGUGAUAUUCCAUCUCAGAAGUGUAAGAAGAUGUUGUGAAAUGUUUUUUGGAGCAAUAAUUUCAAAUUUUAAUAAAAUCAAAGGUUUAGGUAUCUGUGAACAUGAAAUGUAACAGUCUUCCAUUUUGUCUAAAAAUGUUGCUGUUAAAAAGAAAAGACCUUUAGCAAGUGAUAAAGAAGAACUCUCUUCUGAAUUGGAAAUUUCCAAAUCUAAAGGACUAUUAGUGAUUUUAUUGUCUGUACCACAAAAUGAAAAUAAUGUUACAUCAUUGGUUGAAUUUCCAUUGUUUAUAACGUUUUUAACCAAUCACUAUGUUUUGGUGUACACUUUUGAAAAUAUCACCCAGAAUGCAUUAAAUUCUGAAACGGUGAAUUUUUAUGAUGAACAUACAUACCGUAUAGCGGGUAAUUUUCGCGGGGUGUUUAUUUUCGCUUAUUUUGGCGGAUGAAGGAAAAUCGUGAAAAAUAAAUUCUGCAAAAAAUUUAUGCAUACAUUCAGUACUUUCUAAUAGCUAAAGCGUUUUGUAAACGAUCUAUGUUUUCCGGUCAACGGGUCAAAAACUGUUAAUGACAGUUAUAACAACACAAAUGCCAUAGGGCAUUAUUCACAUAAAAUUUAUGAAAUCGCUGUCAAGUGUUAAUUAGUUAAUUAGUGUUAAAUAAUAUAAGAGUGUAAGGUAUUCUGUCAGGUAUUUACCCUUUUUAAUUAGAGUCAAAUUAUAUAAGCUUUACUCUCAAUAACUUUAUAACCUAAUUGACAUUAAGCAACCAACAAUCAAUUUAUAACCUAAUUAGUACAUCAAAGGUCAAUUUCAUAACUAAUCAACCAUAACAUUUACAAGAAGUUUGUACACCUGUGACCAAUAUCUAAGUACCAGUAUUCUAUUGAUUAACUGUAUCAAAAUAUAAUCAAUAAAUGAGACGUCCUGCAGGUAAAAACAAUCAUUUAACCAUAACAAUAGACACACAUUUGUCAAUUUUUACAACUUUUUAACUGCAACCAUUUCAGAUUCAGCCAAAAUAUUUAAUUGGGAUUUAAGAAUCUACCAAAAUAAAAACUGCCAAAAUUUUUCGUAUACUUUGUUGCCCCUAAUUCGCGUAAUUUUACACCUGCUAAAAUAACCCGCUAUACGGUAUAUUGUGCCACUUGUCCUUAACUUUGUCUUUCUGAAAUGUUGUCUGAACUUUUUGGUUGUGUGACAGCAGUAUUUGACCUGAUUUUUGGUUUGAAAUUGUACAAUGUUGUUUAACUUGACAACAGUUACUUUUAAACAAAUAAGGGCAAUUUUGUAAAAACUUAUCAUGUCUAGACAUUUUUUCAUUGUUCAAGCAGAUUGUGACCUGAUAUUUAGUAGGCAGAUGCAUUACAGCGAGUUACAGAUCACUUUAAUUCACUCCAGAUGAAAGAUUGGCUGAAUAAUGGCCUUUGAAUCUAGAAAAAAUUUUGAAUAUUGUAAUCUUGAUUUUUCUUAUUUUCACCCGAUAGGAAGUUGCAUUAUUCUUGUUCAGAUUGAAUUUGAAAUUGGUUUUAAUUGAUAUAUAUUUGACAAAUUUAGGGCUCCGGGACCAACAAAAUUUCUUCAAUUUGAAAUUGUCAAUAUUUUAAAAUACAUGUAUAAACAAAAACUGAAAAUGAUGCAUUUAUUCAUUGUAUUAUGCAGCCACUUUUAGUAAGACUUAAUGUAGGUUACUCAUUCAUAUAUAUUGUUACUGUGAUAAUAUUGUUGGGAAGAAAUGUUUAAUGGUAUUGAACAUGUGAAAUUAUUUUUAUGAAAUAAAUUAUUUAUACAAAGAA